UCAUCCCAGCCGAAGAGCUUUCAUCACUUGACAGCUGAUCAUAUCACUGAUCUGUCGAAUGAAGUAAAGAAAUCUCCAGGUUCAAAGAAACCUUCUCCGUCUAACCAGAAAUUUCUUUCCACUUUGAAGAACUUCAAUAUAGAUAGAUCCAAAUACAAACAUUACGGCCACCAAUCGCUGAUGAAUACUCAAGUUAUACUGAAUGAAAAUGGAAGUACAGAUAAUAAAAACGAAAGUGCUAACAACAACAAAAUAAUUAUCGAUGAACUAAUUUCAGACAUUCUUGGUCUUCCAGAACAGGUUUUGCAUGAGGACUCAGUGUGGCCCUACAAUAUCGAGACGUUGAAUGAAAUCCUCAGAUAUAAAGUCGAACAAGAAAAGACUAAACAAGAAUCCAUGAAGAAUGAAUUAGGUGCUACAGCUGUCGAACUACUUAAGAUGGCUAAAUCUAUGGAUAUAUCCAGUGAUUUGAUACCAAUUUUGUUUAUUUCCAACUCUAUUUCGAUUGAUCAUAUCAUAUCACAGAUCGAGAAACUCAAAAGUGAACCAUCAGAAGUAAUUGACGAGCUCUCUAGAAAGUCAAAAGAAAUGGAACCAGCUAUUGCCAAUUCUUCCAACAAGAGAAAGCAUUCAGAUACCCACAUUAAGUCUAGCAGCAACAUCGUUUCUCCAUUGAGAUCUCCAAAUAAGCUGCCAACGACUGGUCAUAGAAGAGUUGUGUCUGGAAGUGACGCCACGAGCCGCGAGACUAAAACUUCCACCAGCUCUCCUCACAUGCACCCUUCCCAAUUACCACUUCCUCCUACAUCUAUACCCCAACAGCAAGGACUGCAACAACACCUGCCUAUAAUAGCACCACAGAUGGCGCCACAAGGCAUGUAUCCAAUUUAUUAUACCCCAAACAGUCUGGCAGUUAUUUCUACAAAGGAACAAAACGGAGGUAAGACGUUAGGUUCUCCAUACUCCCAGAAGUAUCAACCUGUAAUGUACCCUCCUCCUCCGGCCAAUCAACCAUACCAACCUGGCUACAUCGCUCAACCUCCACAAUACCAGUACUUUGUCCCAUCUCCUCCUGCAAACUCUGGCUCGUACAUGGUCCAAGCACCACCUGUGGUGAGGAUGACUCCGCAACAACUGCAACAGAAGCAACAGCCUGUUCCUUCACAUCAAUUCCAGACUCCUCCAGAGCUGAACUCAGGAAUCAUCCACGACGAGAGUCCCUACAAGAAGCAGAAGUCGUCAGGCAAGAACACUAGCAUUAACUUCAUGAUCACUACACCAAAGAAUCCGCCUGCACGCAAGUAUAAUAACCCUAGUAAGGAGAAGCAAUAA